CAGUGCCAACUAAAUUUUGAAGCACUCCACAAUCAUAGCGAGGAUGAAAACUACAGAACUUCACAGAAGCAUACUGAUACUGGAGAAGUUGUAUCUCUGUUGCUUAAGACCAUACAGAAAGUUCCCACUGUUGCUCAGUCUCGAGCCUCUGAUAUUCUUCCUUUGUUUUUGAAAUUUAUGGGAUACAAGAGCGAAGAGGAUCCUUUGAGGGUCGGAUUAUUUAAUGGCGAAGCUUAUAAUGGAAAGGAGUGGAAGGGUUUGUUUACACAAUGGUUGACUUUACUGAAGCUGAUGAAGAAUCCGAGGUCGUCUCGUUUUAGUCAAUUUGUAAACGACGUUUUGCAAAACAGGUUCUUGGACGAUAAUGUUGCUGAAAUACAAACGAGCGUCCUAGAAUGCCUUGUGUUGUGGAACGACUAUUUACUCCCACACCGCAAGCGUUUGGAGAAUUUGAUCAUAUCAAAAAAACUGAGAGAAGAGCUUGCGACUUGGGACUUCUCCAAGGACAUUGAAGAAGCUCACAGAUCUCAUUUCGUUUGUCUUGUAAUUAGGAUCCUUAUGCCAAAAGUUAGGAAUUUAAAAGACUCAGCUUCGCGUAAGCGUACAAGUAUCUGUCACAGGGAGGCGGUUCUUGUCGUUAUAUCUCAGCUGGAUGUUAAUGAACUUGCCCUGUUCUUUGCCUUGUUGAUGAAGCCAUUGAACAUCAUAUCAGAGGAAACAACAGACUUGUUUUGGAGCUCAGGGAAAUGCUCUCUGGAGUAUUUCCAAAAGUCGAAUUUCCUGAAAUACUUCAACGUUGAUACUCUUUCGACCUUAUCAUGGAAGAUGAAAUCUGGUUUUCUUCAUGUCAUACAACAUGUACUUGAAGUCUUCGAUGUAUUCCAUGUCCGACCAUUUCUUGACUUUCUGAUGGGGUGUGUUGUCCGGCUAUUGGUAAACUAUGCUCCAAACAUCGAUGAAGAAAGCACCAUUGAUAAAGAGAGUGUCUCAACGAAGGCUGAUUUAAAGCAGUUUAAGGAGCUGAGAUCUUUGUGUCUGAAGAUUAUUGCUCAUGUUCUUAAAAAGUACGAGGAUUGUGAUCUUGGCUCUGAGUUCUGGGACCUCUUCUUCUCAGCGGUGAAUCCGUUGAUCAAGAGUUUUAAGCAGGAGGGUUCGAGCAGUGAGAAUCCAAGCUCAUUGUUCUCAUGCUUCUUGUCAAUGAGUAAAAGCCGCAAUCUCGUCACCUUCUUGUGUCGAGAAGAGUCUCUUGUUCCAGACAUUUUCUCAAUUCUAACAGUCACCACAGCUUCAGAAGCUAUUAAGUCCUCUGCCUUGAGUUUCAUAAAGAAUCUGCUCAGUCUUGAGAAUGACUUGGAUGAUGACGAUGACCAUAUGCUCAAAGGAAUCUUGGAUCCAUAUUUAGAGGCAUUGAUUAACAGCUUGCAUUCUCUUUUCCGUGAAGAUAUUUUGAAAAGGAAGUAUCAUGGUGAAAGAGAGAUUAAGAUUCUUAAACUAUUGUCGAAGCACAUCCGAGAUGAAUCUCAUGUUAUGAAGUAUUUGGAUGUCUUGCUUUCUUUCUUGGAUAAACGUGUGAAAUAUUCUGAUACUCAUCGUGAGGCUUUGCUAGCCAUUCAGGACAUCACAUCGUUGCUUGGGAGCGAGAGUACCAGCAAAAUUAUAGAUAAAGUAUCUCCUCUGCUUGUUGACGCUGAUCUUGGCCUAAGAUUAUGCAUUUGUGACCUUCUUGAAUCUCUUACAAAAAUCGACUUUUCUCUGAAUCUAGUGGCCAAAUGCGUCAGCGAUAUGAAUGCAACUUCACCCAUGGAAGUUGAUGAGCUUGACUAUGAAAAGAUAGUUGAUGCUUACGGGAAAAUUGAUGCGGAUUUUUUUAACAAAUCCUCGGAGCAGCACAUGAUGAUCAUUCUCUCACAGAGUCUAUACUACAUAUCAUCAGGAGAAGUUACGUUAAAGUACUGCGCACGUAACCUCUUGUUCACUUUCAUUGAGUUUUCAGCCUCCAUACUUUGCCAAGAGGCUUCAGCUCGCUCUGACAUUGGCAAAGAUGUUUCAAGAUCUGUUGCAAGAUGGACAGGAGAUCGUGUGUUGCGGAUUAUGAAUAAUUUUAUUUUGAAACACAUUGGAGAUUCAGUGAACAGAGGAAUUUCUAGUGGAGAGGAGGAGAUUCUUUUGAUACGUAAAAUGGUGAUGGAACUUCCAGAUUCAGGGAAUCUUGCUGCAUUCAGACCUUUAUUAGGCUCUGAAAACGACGAAGAUGAUUUCUUUAAAAACGUCUUUAGCAUUCAGGCACAUCGUAGAGCAAGGGCGAUUAAAAAUUUCGCGAAGGUGAUCAAAGACAGCACUAGCAGUCUCCCUGAGGGCGUAGUGAGAGAGCUUUUGAUCUCAGUCUUUUUCAACAUGUUUCUUGAUGGACAAGAUGGUAAAGGUCAAAAUGUCCAUGAUGCAUGUGCAGAAGCCCUUGCAUCCGUGUCUGCUCAUAUGAGUUGGAAUCCUUACUACGCUCUACUAAAUCGGUGUUUCCGUGAGAUGGAGAAGCAUACCGAGAAGAGAAAGCGUCUGAUGAAUCUCGUCUGCUCGAUUCUAAACAAGUUUCAUUUCGCAGAAGAUGGUUACGUACAAGACAAGAUUAGGAAGCUGAUGGAUUCUGAAACCGAUAGUGUUCAUGUCAACGGCUAUGUAGCUGCGGUGAAGGUUCUAAAGCUACUCCCAAAAGACAGAAUGGACUCAAAUCUAGAUUCUAUAGUUUCUAAAGUCUCCAAAUAUUUGAGGGACCCGGUGCAAAAGCCACGUGAUGAAGCAAGAAAGGCUCUCGUUGCUUGUUUGGAGGAACUUGGGCUAGAAGAUAACUUGCAACUUUUCGUUAGAAAACUAGUUUCUCUAUUAAGAAAAGGAUCUGAGGUGCAUGUGUUGGGAUACACUGUUUAUCACAUCUUAUCCAAGUGCCUGCCCAACCCUACGGGUGAGAAGUUGGAUCACUGUUUGGAAGAUCUCCUUGAUGUCGUUGAAGCCGAUAUCCUUGGAGACGUUGAUGAACAGAAAACGGAUAGAGAAUAUGUAUCAAAGAAGAUAGAGAGUAGAAAACGCAAGUCGCCUGAUACUCUGAGAUUGCUUGCUGAAAACGUAACGUUCAGAAGCCAUUCGUUGAAGUUGCUUUCUAUAGUCACUGAUCAGCUGCAGAGGCCCAUGACUUCAGCUUUAAAAUCAAAGCUGGAGGAGAUGUUAAAGAAUAUUGCAGCUGGUAUUGAAAACAAUCCAUCCGUUGAUCAAAAAGAUCUGUUCUGUUUUAUCUAUGACCGUGUUGAUGAUGGUAUUAACAACAAGAGUGGUCUUGGAGACCAAGCGUCUUCUCAACCAUCGAAAAAGAGAAGGAAGUCGAGAGAUACUCAAGAGACUUCUGGUUCCAAGUCAUGUCCGCAUCUUAUUACCGUGUUUGCUCUGGACUUGUUGCACAGCAGGCUGAAGAAAAUCCAACCAAACAGUGCUAAUGAAGAGCUGGUGUCGAGGUUGGAUCCGUUUGUCAGACUACUUGUUGGUUGCUUGAGCUCCAAGUAUGAAGAUGUUGUAUCUUCAUCCGUUAGAUGUUUCACUGCACUGAUGAGGUUGAAACUGCCUUCUUUCAAUGAAAGCCGCAGUGUUGAACAUCGCAGCGUCUGUGUCUGCAAUGAGUUCCAAGAGUCCUCUUCUGGAGUCAUGCAUAAGCUGUUAAAAGCUCUUAUCGGCAAUGAAAAUCUCAGUUUAUCAUCUGAGCAGUUGAAAAUGUUGAUUCAGUUCCCUAUCUUUGUUGACCUGGAAUCGGAUUCGUCCGUUGCUUCUCUGUCACUUCUCAAGGCCAUUGUGAAAACGAAUCCAAAGAUAUAUGAUGUCGCAGAUCAGGUUACAAAGUUGAUGAUAACGCAUCAGGAUGAAUCAACCCGCAAGAUUUGCAGAGAGAUACUUGUAGGAUUUUUGGUCCAUAAUGAGAAGAAACUCCUAGAGCGAUGUUUCAGCGUUCUGCUAAACAGUCUGAGUAACUCAGUUUUUUCCUCCUUCAGCUAUGAAUAUUCAGAUGGAAGAGAUUCAGUUCUCGACGCUCUUCAAGAACUUAUCAAGAAACUCUCAAACCCUGAUCUCGACAAGCUGUCUCAGAGAUUGUUUCCCGUGCUUGCUGAUCGUUUGGAAAUAGAACCAGAUAAAAAACUGCUGCAUCUUCCAUCGUCCACUUUUCUUCUCGAUUCUAACUCU